AGUUGUGUACGGCUGCGUCGUAGGUGUGACCAGCGCGCGUCAUCGCUACGGUUGAUGAUUGGUGGUUUGCGGCUGCGUCCGCAUGGCAACCGCGAGCUGUGUACAAAAAAGAAGGCAGAAGUGACCUUUCUGGAAACGCUGGCCGGGAUUUCAACCCCCAAAACAACCGUCCCCGUCCUCCCUCUUCGCGCACACCGUUACAUUUGGAGACUGCAGACGCGUCGGAGCGGGGUUUUUAAUGCGGCGUUUCGUUGGCGCAAACUGACAGCCAGCUGUUAGCUGCCACCACAGACUUGCAAUCAUGACGGCAGAGGAGACAAUCAGCAUCAAGGAGGCAGAGGUGAUCAAGGUGAUGCUGGACUUUCUGAACUCCAGGAAGCUGCACAUCAGCAUGCUGGCCUUAGAGAAGGAGAGCGGUGUCAUUAAUGGACUCUACUCUGAUGACAUGCUCUUCCUCAGGCAACUCAUUCUGGACGGUCAGUGGGAGGAGGUGAUGCAGUUCAUUCAACCUCUAGAAGGAAUGGAGAAGUUUGACAAGAAAAGGUUCCGCUACAUCGUUCUGAAGCAGAAGUUUCUGGAAGCUCUGUGUGUAAAUAACGCCAUGUCCGCUGCCGAAGACCCUCACAAUCUGGAGCUCACCAUGCAGGAGGCAGUCAAGUGCCUCCACAGUCUGGAGGAGUACUGCCCGACCAAGGAGGACUACAGCAAGCUAUGUCUCCUCCUCACUCUGCCGCGCCUCACCCACCACGCAGAGUUCAAAGACUGGAACCCAAGCACGGCACGUGUCCACUGCUUCGAGGAAGCCUGUGCCAUGGUGGCUGAAUUCAUCCCUGCUGACAGGAAGUUGAGCGAGGCGGGCUUCAGAGCGAGCGGGAACCGCCUCUUCCAGCUGCUCAUCAAAGGGAUCCUUUAUGAGUGCUGCGUCGAGUUCUGUCAGAGUAAAGCAACUGGCGAGGAGAUCACAGAGGGCGAGGUGUUGCUCGGCGUGGACUUGCUUUGCGGGAAUGGCUGUGAUGAACUGGACUUGUCGCUGCUCUCCUGGCUGCAGAACCUCUCUCCGGGUGCCUUCUCCUGCGCCUUCCAGCAGAAGACCCUCAAUAUCCACGUGGACCGUCUGGUGAAGCCCAGCAAGGCCGGCCACGCCGACCUCCUCACUCCGUUAAUCAACCGCCUGUCCCCCUGCCCUACCUCACCCUUCCAUCAGAGGCCUCAUUCAGCGGACACCUACAUGUCCAGAUCCCUCAACCCAGCUUUGGACGGCCUGUCCCAUGGUCUCGCAGCCCAAGACAAGAGAGGCAUGGAGGCGAACAUGAAGUCAGCCCUCAGUCGGAGCCUGGUGGAGAAUAAUGUGCAUCAGCAGGACGAUUCACCUGAGAGGAAGCACCCACAGGGACUGGAUGGACCCAACACCACACGCACACCUCUGACCCCUGGAAAAGAUGGUGGGCCACCCUGCAGCACAGAAUCAAAUGAGCGUCUUGACUCCACAGAGCACGUCCAGGAGUAUUACCGGCAGCGUCUCCGUGUCCAGCAGCAUCUGGAGCAGAAGCAGCAACAGCGACAGCUUUACCAGCAGAUGCUGCUGGAGGGAGGAGUGAAGCCGCAGGACGGAGCCCAAAACAACCUCACCGAGACCUUCCUCAGCAGAUCAAUUCAGAAGUUGGAGGAGAUGAACGUGGGCAUCGACCACAGAGGAGAUGAGGUGAUGACGCAUCUGGGCCAGCAGUGGAACAGCGCCAGCACUUCCAGUCCCAAAAACACCCGCCACACCCCUGACACCGGGCCACCAAAGGACAAGCCAGGUGGGAGGGUCAGCAGCACCCCGUUAAUGACUGGGAGCCAUGGCUUGCCUUCCCUGAGCGAGUCCCCGGUUCCUGCCAGUCACAGUGCUGAGAAGAUCAGAGGGUCAGCCCAAGAUGAUUCUGGCGGCUCUGCGACACGAAACUCUCAAGAGCCGGGGAAAUCCAAAACACAGUUUAUCAAAGUGAACCAGCUCGAGGACACGCAGGCAGUGCGUGCGGUGGCCUUCCAUCCCUCUGGAGCUCUCUAUGCCGUCGGCUCCAACUCAAAAACGCUGAGAGUCUGUGCCUACCCAGAAACACUCAACACCAGCAGUUCUGGUGCAGUCAAGCAGCCGGUGGUACGUUUCAGGAGGAACAAACACCACAAGGGCUCAAUCUACUGUGUAGCAUGGAGCCACUGCGGACAACUGUUGGCUACUGGAUCCAAUGAUAAAUAUGUCAAAGUCCUGCCUUUCAAUGCUGACAGCUGCAAUGCUACAGGCCCAGACCUGGAGUUCAGCAUGCAUGAUGGUACCAUUAGGGACCUGGCCUUCAUGGAGGGCCCUGAGAGUGGAGGAUCCAUCUUGAUCAGUGCCGGGGCCGGAGACUGCAACAUCUACACAACAGACUGUCAGAGAGGACAGGGCCUUCACGCCCUGAGCGGACACACCGGUCACAUUUUGACUCUAUACACGUGGGGAGGGUGGAUGAUUGCUUCUGGGUCCCAGGACAAGACAGUCCGGUUCUGGGAUUUGCGGGUUCCCAGCUGUGUCCGGGUGGUGGGCACAACUCUGCACGGCUCAGGAAGUGCAGUUGCUUCGGUGGCAGUGGAUCCCAGCGGCCGCCUGCUGGCCACAGGUCAGGAGGACAGUACCUGCAUGUUGUAUGACAUCAAAGGAGGCCGUAUAGUCCAGACAUACCGCCCCCACAGCAGUGACAUUCGCUCAGUGCGCUUCUCACCUGGAGCCCAUCAUCUCCUCACCGGCUCUUAUGACAACAAAAUCAUCAUCAGUGACCUUCAAGGUGACCUAACAAAGCCCCUCCCUCAGACCGUGGCAGGGGAGCACUGGGACAAGGUGAUCCAGUGUAGGUGGCACCCCCAUGACCGGACCUUCCUUUCCUCCUCUGCAGAUCGAACUGUCAUCCUCUGGACACCAGGCCCCUCAGCUAUUCACUAGAGAGAGACUGGUUACCAGCAGCAGGAAGCACAAGAACACGGUGUCUGCAGACAUCCCAGCAUGGGAUCACUAAUUGCAGAUGCCUGUGUGUAUGGAUGGAUGUUUGUGUGCAAACAUACUGUGAGCAUCAAGCUGUUUGUGCUGCUCAGUUUAGAGUUAAGUGUGUGUGUGUGUGUGUGUGUGUGUGUGUGUGUGUGUGUGUGUGUGUGUGUGUGUGUGUGUGUGUGUGUGUGUGUGUGUGUGUGUGUGUGUGUGUGUGUGUGUGUGUGUGUGUGUGUGUGUGUGUGUGUGUGUAUAAAUUGUGUUAGAGAUGUGUGUUUGAGGUGGAAAAUCCAGUCACUUUAAAGUCUUGGUUGUGCACGUGUGUUUUAAAUACUACUGUAUAUGUCUGGUGUGUGUGAUAGCAAAUGCAGCAUUCUGACAAUAUGUGUUUGUAUUUGGCUUUGCAGUUUGAGUGUAAUUAUCAUAAAACAAAUUAAAAAGGAAACUAAUCAGAACAAGACAGAACAUUAAAUAUUAGCUUGAAUUCAUAUGAGGUUCAGAACCUAUUUAGGGUAUGUGUGCGUGUGAUCACUUAAUACCUCUUCUUUUUUAAGUAAAGCACGAAGAUUAACCCUUUGGAGCCUACAAAGAUUAAGUUUGAACAUAGAGAUAACUGAUAAUGCCUGUAUUGAAAGGCCUGAGUCAGUUCACUGCAAGCACUUCACAUAAUUUUUUUUUUUCUCACAAUGCCAAACUACAUUUUAGUGAGCUAUAGUCAGAACUUGGUCAAAAUAAAACAAAAUAUGAAGGUCACUUUAGAAGGGAAAGCACUGCUGUUUCUAUAGUUUCUAUACGUAGCAGUGAGCUGGACUCGAUAUUGUGGAAAGAAGCCACAUUUGGUUAUGCAUAUCAUAAUGUGCCUUUUUUGUAGCAUUUGUAUAGAUUUGUGGAUGUGUGGAUUGGUCAAAAGAUUUAUUUAUUUAUUUGCAGUUUUAUUUUGAUAUUUUCUCAUAUGCCUUGUCAUCUGUAAAUUCUUGCAAUGUCACUGUAAUGCGGAAAAUGACCAUUCAUUGGCAUUUGUGCACACUUGUAUAAAUUCCACAUCUGUUACUAUUGAAAAAGUCAUAAUAAUUAGUGCUUUACACAAUGUUUAAAAUACAUCAUGUUUAGUUUUGGAAUUUCAGUCAUAUGGAAAUGUGUCACAGACAGACAAAAAAAAUUUUUAACUGUUGUGUUCCAGACAAACUAAAUAGAUAAACUGCAACAUGGGAACAAGAAAAUGUUUGGUCUGAAGUUUUAGCAACCUAAAAAAAAAACAAGUGUUCCAGACGACAUUUAGUGGUGUAGAGUAAACUUUAAAAUGGAAUAUAUUGCCAAUCAGACAGCAUCUCCUAUACAAAAUGACCAAAGAAGUGAAAUUGUCCGUCCGAAGUCUAAACAAUGGUAAAAAGGCACUUUAAAGAUAGGAAUGCUCCUGGACCGCACAAUGUGAAAGCACAAAUCUGGUCACAUCACUUCUACAAAUAAGGAUCUAAGGAACUUUUACCGUGCACCUAUGCAGAAAGCUGAUGGAUUUGGGAGAGAAGAGUGUGUGUGGAAAAAUAUGUCAUGGGUUAUCAUAUUAUGCAUCAUAUUAUCUGUGACUCACAAUGGCAUAUUGAGUGUCAUUUGAAACCUGUGUGGUUUUAAACAAUGUUUGUGUACACAAAUGUGGAAUGAAAGGGUACAAACUGAAUAAUAAAAUAGUGGCUGUCUAAUA